UCACUCUGUUGCUUUCGUCGUUCCACUCGCCGAAGUAUAAUAGCUCUCUCCGAUGUUCGUUGCUUACGGAUAAGCACUUCCGUAUUUGUCAGGCAUCCGGCCUCUGUUUCUACAGUUACCAUGGAUCUCGAAUUGCCCAUGGACAAAGUAUCUCUUGGAUCGCAUACCGCUCAGAGUGAUUGCAAGAUAAAUGUAGUUCUUGUAGCUACCGGUAGUUUCAAUCCUCCAACCUUUAUGCACUUGCGUAUGUUCGAGCUGGCGAGGGAUGCAUUGCAUUCAGAGGGCUACCGUGUUAUUGCUGCCUAUAUGUCGCCUGCUAGUGAUGCAUACAAGAAACCGGGCCUCAUUUCUGGUGAACAUCGAUUACGGAUGUGUAAUUUAGCAUGUGAAAGUUCUGAUUUCAUCAUGGUGGAUCCAUGGGAGGCAAACCAAAGUACCUACCAACGCACUUUGACAAUCUUGAAAAGAAUUGAGAGUUACUUUAUUGAUAAUAAACAGAUAUCCAGAGAUUUCCUUAGGGUCAUGCUUGUUUGUGGUUCUGAUUUACUCCAAUCAUUCAGCAUCCCUGGAUGUUGGAUUCCUGAGCAGGUAAGGACCAUAUGCAAAGACUAUGGUGUGGUUACAAUAUGCAGAGAAGGGCAAGAUGUUGAGAAAAUUAUUUCUGAUGAUGAAAUCCUGAAUGGAAACAGGAGUAACAUCAAAGUGGUGGAUGAACUUGUACCAAACUCAGUCAGCUCAACAAGAGUGAGGGAAUGCAUUUCUAGAGGUUUGUCAAUAAAAUAUUUAACAAUAGAUGGGGUAAUAGAAUACAUUAGAGAACGACAAUUGUAUAUGAACUCAAAUGAGAAAUGAUGAUUUCUUACUCAUUGUACUGGAUCUAUACACAUCAAUCGUAUGUUCUUAUCUUUAAGAACGUAGCAAUAACCCUUAUUGCAGAAGCAAUGCUUAAUUAAAA